CUGUAGGUUACGAUAUUCAUUUUAUUGCAACUUGAAAGUCAAAUACCAGAAUACUGAAACAAGGUACCGGUAACCACCGGUACAGAUACCGUGAUACAUUUCUUACAUCUGUACAUUGCUAUUUCCGUCAGCUGCAUUGUGCUGUUGUGAAGCAAGCGGACAUCCAACAUGGCUGCGAUUUUUGAAUCGUAUGAGCAACAGUUUUCAUCAUUAACUGCUGAAAUAACAAGAAGAUUGGGCUCUGUAUCUUCAUUAUAUGGGGUUGACAAAAAGACUGUGAUAAGCUCAAUAGAAAGACAACUUGAUGAAGCCCAGGAAUUGUUGGAACAAAUGGAUUUAGAAGUUCGAGAUAUGCCCAGUGCUGAAAGAGGAAAACUAAUGAGUCGUGUGAAAAGUUAUCAAACAGAAUAUACAAAUUUGGAAUCUCAGUUGAAAAAGCACAAAACUUCAGCAAAAGAUGCCGCAAAAAUGAGGGAAGAGUUGUUAGAAUAUGAUGAUGGUUCAACGAAUGACCAGAGAACAAGAUUAUUAGACAACACAGAAAGAUUAGAACGAAGUACUCGACGAUUGGAAGCAGGCUACAGAAUCGCCGUAGAAACGGAAAAAAUCGGUCAAGACGUUAUUGAUAAUUUACACAGAGACAGAGAAACGAUAGGACGAACACGGACAAGGUUACGCGAAGGGGAUGAUCAUCUAGGAAAAAGUUCUAGGAUUUUAAACUCUAUGACAAGGAGAAUCAUCCAAAACAGACUGAUAACUUUUGGAGUUGUUAUAUUUAUGUUGAUUGUUAUAAUUGUUGUCAUAUAUUUUGUCGCUACAAAGCAUAAAUGAAAACGAGAUUUUUCACAAGUGUUUUAGUCCCCUUGUUUUACUGGAUAGAGGAAGAAUCUGCUUUCCGACAGGUAUACUGGAAUAUCAAUAUUCAUGUACCAGUGCUGUAAAUCAUGGGAAGCUUGUGUUAUUGAAUCGGUAUCUGCGUAUUCUGUCUUCUGUGUUUGGUUUUCACUGUUGUACUGUUGACCAUAUACCGGGUACUAUAAAAAUUGGAGUAAUAUAAUUAAUUUUCUAUUGAAUUGUUUCUGUGUGGAUUGUUAGUUUAAUCUCAGUAUCAGAAGAAAUAUACAAUUCUGCAGGUGGCAUUAAAUUUAUAUCAUUGAUUCAAAUUUUUGUAGCUGCAAAUGCUUUGUUCUCAAUUGGUUUCUAUGUUUAGCUAUGAAUUCUCCUGCACAAAUAGAAUUAAAUAGCUUUUUUUGUUAUCAUAUGUCAUGAUUCAUACUUUUAAUUGUUGAACAUCACCAAAAUUUUCUCCGUUUGUUCACAAAAUACAUUGGGUGGGCUUUAUACUUGAUAACUUCUUGAAAGUACCAUUUUUAUGUAUUAAUAAAAUAUUUAUGUGUUUACACAUUCACCAUUAAUAUAUCACCUUCAAAGUUAAGUUUUUUUUGUAUUUUUUGGGGAAUAUUAGCCUAAUUUAUAUGUUGUGCAAGGUGUCACAAGUCACCAGUUUAGUGGUAGAAAGGUGUAUUUCAUUCGUGUUUUUUUAUUUGACCAUAUCAUUUCAAAUUUUGUCAUGUCAAAACUUUUGAUAGAUUAUGAGGCCCAUACACAGUAUUUAGCUGAUAUCCCAGUGAUACCUAUUUCAACUAUGUGUUGCAUUGUAUGAUUUUUUCAACUAAACAUAUUUCUCUAAAAAAUUGGUAAACAGUGUGAUCAAUCCGAUGAAACCAAGUCUCCAAUGAAUGUUCUUACUUUCAGCACUUACAAGGCUUUCAUGAAUUGUACGUAAAUAAUUCGGAAACCUAGUCACCAUUUCACUUCACAGUGUACUUUGUAACCACCACUUUAUUUUUCUUUCAAUGGUCCAACAUACGUACUUUCUAUUUUGAAUUUUUUUUCAUUGAACUAUUGUGUUUGACUUAUUUUUAGAUGUGUAAGCAUUGAAGUGAAUACAAGCGCUUAGUCAGAUACUUACAUUCGAUUCUAUCUUUCAAUCAUUGUCCUGUGAUCGAUUUUGCAAAACACUUGUUUGUACGUUUGCAAACCAGGGUUUCCUGUUGCUUUGUCGAAGCGGUUAUUUCCACAAACACUAGCCAUACGGAAAAUAGUUGAAGCCUUGGCCGACCAUUUGCAGUGAUAUCUUCGCAACUCGCUGUUUAACCAUAAGACAUAAAAACCUGAUAAGACAACGAUAUCACAAGAUGAUCCAAUACUCCUUGUCCUGUCACAAGAGUCCAGACCUAGAAAUAUAUUGCGGACUUCCAAGUUUUUUUAAGCCAUGACAAUGGAAUAUUAGUGUUAAACCGUUUUGGGCUCAAUGAUAUUAAGACUGCAUCGCCAUGUUCUCAACGUGACUUGCAAUGGCAGCGUCGUAAUAUGUUUCAACUUGAUUUAUGGCGGUUUAUAUAUAACUUAUGCGUGCAAUAUAGUUACAUUACAAGUCCAAUUUGAUCGAAUCUGGUGAAGUUCACAAUUUUAUUUUCAAUAGGUCCUCUUUACGUUUUUAUCGCCGUAUUUUUUGCAUCUAUCAUUUUUGUUCGAAUGUUUAUUUAUUUGAUAUAUUGUGUGCGUUCAAUGAUAUGGAAUCAUUAUUUGA